AUGGGUUCCAAAACAGUAGUCUUCCUAGGCCUUUUGGCUACUGUUCUUCUGGUUACGUCGGAGGUUGCAGCAAGGGGUUUGGCUGAGACUUCCAAGAAAACUACUGAAGCUGCUAAACAGACAAAGGGAGUUGAGGAAGCCAAGUAUCCAGGGCCGUACGGAGGAUACGGAGGAGGCCCGGGCGGAAACACGUACGGAGGAUACGGAGGAGGCCCGGGCGGAAACACGUACGGAGGAGGCCCGGGCGGAAACACUUACGGAGGAUAUCCUGGAGGCCCGGGCGGAAACACGUACGGAGGAUAUCCUGGAGGCCCGGGCGGUGGAUACGGAGGGGAUACUCCAUAUACGUAUAAACGUUACAAUUCUCCAUGGGAGAAUGCUGUGGGUGUUCGUAUAUUUGGUUUUCAGCUUGUCGAAAAGGACAUAAUAUAUUGGUGCUCAUCCUAA